AUGUCUCGAACCCCUUAUCCGCGCUCCCCCGCACCCUCUCUCGCCUCUUUGUCGGAGACGUCUGACGUCGCCGAGUCUCUCCCCUUGUCCACCGGCGUCGUCCCUUCUUCGUCUCCCGCCUCGCCUCCUCCCUCUGUGGCACCCGCAGCCCCUCUCUCGUCUCACACCUGUCCUGACGCGGUCACCUCAUCGCCGUUCCCGGCCAACCCUCCGUCGCCCCCGAACCCCUACCACGCCUAUGCUUUCCUCAGCAAGAAGAAAGGCUACCAGGUCGACUGCUCCUGUGGCCACUUCAACAUCCACAUGCAAGGGAACGGUACCGCAAACGAGGUACUUACCGCCUGCGUCGGCCAAUGUUGUCUCAACCUCGUCUCUGAGACCGUGGCUGACCUAAUUACAAAGGCCGAAUGGAAGCUUGACUUCCAGGAGAUGGUACAUGCGAGCAUCUGCACCGAGGUUCUCAACCUUCCGAACAACGACGAGUUUACGAGAUUUUUUCACCGUUGUGCUUCGAUGGAGCUCCACCGGCACUUUCAGCUCGCUCGGGCUCGUUUUGCCGCGGCAGGGUCAGCGUCGGGAGCCGCGUCUCACAUGGAAGCCGGAGCUGACACCACAGCCGAUGACACGGGAGACGCUGCAGAUGACUCUGCUUACGCGCGCCUUAACUGUGUGGGCGAGAUCCCGUCCGCUUUUCUUCAUCUGCCAACUCAGUCUUCUGUGACGUCUGCUCGCGGCACGAGAACCAUCGAGUACACCCACGCUCGCUCUGUAAAUGAGGAUCGCUUUCCCUUUGGCGUUAUCCCGCUGGACGGGAUCAUCAACCGCAACCUCAAACCCACAUUUGGAUCGUUAGUCGCAGGGUUGCCCACGAGGACUGUCUAUCUCACGCCGAGUGUAGAGGUAACUUACUAUGACGCUCCUGCAAACGCUGAGCCGCCCUACUACUGGGUACCUUAUGGAUACGCGAUCGGUGUCUUUGCUAAUCCUCAUCUAUACUACACCGUGUGGGGUUCGGGUCGCGGCUCGGAGGGGCACGAGGUGUUCUCACUGGACGAAGCUCAUGCCGCGCUGGAGAACGCGCUGCUGGAAGGUCGCUUUGGUGUCGUGCGGUAG